GCUCGACCUGCGCAGGCUAUGAGUCUACUCUAGACAUUAUAAUUCGCCAGGAUUUUAACGAUGACCAAGUCGUACACAGAAAACAUGAUGCCAGAGACCCAGAGCAAUCCCAGUUGGACUGAUGACUGCCUCAGUUCCCAGGAUGAGCACGAAGUCGACAAAAAGGACGAUGAAAACGAAGCCAUGAGUCUUACCUUCAAGGAAGAGAGGGAAGAACUUGAUAAAAUGGGGGAAGAUGAUGACGAGGACGAGGAGGAGGAUGAAGACGAUGACGGCGAUGAGGAGGAAGUGGACGAGGAUGAAGAUCAGAAACCGAAACGGCGGGGACCGAAGAAAAAGAAAAUGACUAAAGCCAGACAGGAAAGGUUUAAAAUGAGGAGAAUGAAAGCUAACGCCAGAGAGAGGAACCGCAUGCACGGGCUGAACGCAGCAUUGGACAGUCUGCGGAAAGUCGUGCCCUGUUACUCGAAAACCCAAAAGCUUUCCAAGAUCGAGACUCUGAGGCUGGCAAAGAACUAUAUCUGGGCUUUGUCGGAGAUCCUGCGUUCAGGAAAGAGCCCAGACCUUGUAUCGUUCGUCCAGACGCUUUGCAAAGGGUUAUCCCAGCCCACCACAAACCUAGUCGCUGGCUGCCUUCAGCUGAACCCGCGAACUUUCCUUCCAGAGCAGAACCAGGACAUGCCGCAUAUGCAAACGGCCAGUGCUUCCUUCUCCGUGCACCCAUACACGUACCAGUCCCCCGGUCUUCCGAGCCCGCCCUACGGUAACAUGGACAGUUCCCACAUAUUUCACGUCAAGCCGCACAGUUACGCAGGGGCACUGGAACCUUUCUUUGAAAGCACUCUCACUGAAUGCACUAGCCCGUCCUUCGACGGGCCGUUAAGCCCACCCUUAAGCAUCAAUGGGAAUUUCACUUUUAAGCACGAGCCUUCUCAAGAGUUUGACAAGAACUAUACUUUCACCAUGCACUACCCCGCAGCAACGCUGGCCGGGCCCCAAGGACACAGUUCCAUGUUUUCUGCCACGACCCCUCGGUGUGAAAUCCCCAUAGACAACAUCAUGCCAUACGACGCCCACUCGCAGCACGAGCGAGUUAUGAGUGCCCAGCUUAAUGCCAUCUUCCACGAUUAACAUGGAAACCAGCAACAAUGUAUUGUAAACGAAACGGUUUAAAUGUACUUCUUGAAUAGCUUGUUUACGCACGGCAGCGCACUGGUAUCACUUGCUGCGGAGUGCAAAUGUUUCACGCUUAAAUUAGUACUUGUAUUAUUAUUGUU